CUCGGACACAAUAGGGGAAGCCUUGACUGGCGGGAGCCGCCCAAGGCAGCAACGACUGGGGAGGGGGGAGGUGGACGCUUCGCCGCGGGCCCGAGGAGCGGACAGCCGCGGUCGUCUGCGCGCCAGAGGGCGGAGUGUGUGAGCGAGGAGGAAGGAGAGAAGAAGGAGGAGGAGGAGGAGGAGGAGUGAGUAAGUGAGCGAGGCCAGUCGCGGAGCGAGUCGGAGAGGCCUGGGAGACCCCGAGCUCGGCCCGACUCCGAGCCUGGGGGCCAUUGCCCGUUGGCAAUACUGGAUGAGCGCGCAGCUCGAUUGGAUUCGGAGCUAUGGAGCACUCCUCUGCGAGAACUCUGAUCAUCUGACUAGCGUAAUGCUCGCAUCUGCAGCAAAACCACAAACCGAGGGCACGAGGGAGUGAGGAGGGAGAGCGGGGAGAGGGAAGGGGGAGGACCAGAGGGAAGAUGGAUGGCAGGAGGGAAGAAGGACUAGACUAUUCGACGCCCUCUGGGCGUAUAAGGAUCAGCACGCCUCCUCUUCGAAGCCGCUCCCCGCGUCAGCUCCCAGGCUGCCGCGCCCCUCAACUGGCGGCGGUCGUGGUCGUGGUCGUGGUCGUGUUCGGCGGCGGCCCCCGGCCCUUCCCGCCGCGGGCCAGGGCCCGCAAACACCUCCGCCUCCGCCGCUGCGCGGCCGCCGCCGGCGCCGCCGCUCCGGCCAGCGCCGCCCCGGCCGGCGCCGCCGAGGCCGGCGCCGCCGAGGCCGGCGCUGCGGACAGCAGACCCGCGGGCCUUCACGCGGUGGCCUGCCGCACAGCCGAGGCACACGGCCACCAGGGCGAGGAGCAGGGGAGCCCUCGAGCUGCACAUGGCCCAGUCGACUGCAGGGGCCUCUUCAAUGAAAGCUGAUAGGUGAAGCCGCGAAGCCUGAGGUCUCGAGCGAAAA